UCCCUGCCCUCCUUAUCGUGGGACGUAUAUAAAGCCAUGAAGCCAUUAGACAGCAGAAGCAAGAUGAUGCCUCCAGGUCGGAUUGUCCUGCUGACACUAUGCGCCGUCCUAGCAGGGACAGACCUCACCUCCGGAUUCAUAAUUAGAAGACCAGAUGGGCAAUGUCCUCCGACUGUGCCAGGCAAGCCAGGCAUUCACUGCAUUCCUGCGAGAAAUCUGUGUAAAGACAGCAAUGACUGCGAUUGGAACAAGAAGUGCUGUAGUAACGGAUGCGUAAAACUGUGCAUGAGUGUCUCGUCAGGUCUCCCUCCUGUCCCCACCGAGCCCCCCCUCUUUGGACCUUUCCGUCCUCCACCUAAACCGCACAUCCCUUUCCCAUACGAACCGCCUAACCCCAUUCCAGAGCGACCCCGUCUCCCUCCAAUCUUGUUUCCCCCAAUGGAUCCUUCUCGCUAUGAACCUGAUGACUACCUCCCCAUCUUCCCUAGAUAUGAUGAUUUCCCAUGAAGACUUUUUUCCCCCCCAAAGAAAACUGUAAGAAAUGUAUAAAAAUGGAUCCAGUCACAGAAGAAAUAAAUGACCAAUUUCUGAC